CCCGCUGCUGAUUCUGUGUGUGGGUGUGGGCGUGUGAGCGAGCAAGAGAGAGUGUGAAAGAGUUGAGGAGGGGGCUGAGUGCUGGUCCUUGGUCUGUCGCUGUGGCCUAGCACAUUUGAGGUGACUUCUGGCGAUGUUCAGAGAGUGAGAGAAGAAGAAGAAGAAGAAGAAGAAGAAGGAUGUGGAGAUUUCUUCUUCUGCUUGUCUGCACCUUGACAUUGACUCUGGGAUCCGUUGGUACGAGCACAGAUCCGUCAGAUGCUUCUGCCCUCAACAUUUGGUAUUCUACCAUUGGUUCUCCCCCUCAGCUGACCGGAUGGAGCGCAAGCGGAGGAGAUCCUUGUGGGCUGCCCUGGAGAGGCAUCACGUGUUCUGGGUCGUCAGUUACAGAAAUCCAGCUACCUAAUGCGGGGUUAAGCGGGCAGCUGGGGUACAAUCUCAAUAGCUUUAAGUCUCUGGUGAACUUGGACUUGAGUAAUAAUAACUUCAAUGGAGAUAUAAAUUACAAUCUUCCUUUAAGCUGUGAGCAGAUAAAUCUUUCUGGGAAUAAAUUCACUGGACGUGUCCCCUAUUCAAUUUCACAAAUGCCUUCUCUUAAGUAUUUAAAUCUUGCCCACAAUCAACUUCAAGUUCCACUGGAUGAUAUGUUUGGAAGCUUACCAAAUCUGGCAAAGUUGGAUUUAUCUUAUAACAAUCUGUCUGGCAAUCUCCCAUCUACUUUCAGUUCUCUUGCAAGCCUUAACACACUGUACUUGCAGGACAACCAGUUCACAGGCUCCAUUAAUGUCCUCGCCGAUCUUGCCCUCAAAGACUUAAAUGUUGCACAUAACCAUUUUACUGGUUGGAUACCUGCCAAGUUGAAAAAUAUCCAUAUCAUAAGCGAUGGUAAUUCUUGGAACACAGGUCCAGCACCACCACCACCACCAUAUACGCCACCACCACCCGGCAGAAGUAAUCAUAAUUCUGAUGGUAAUGACAAUCCAAAUGGUGGUGGGAAAAAAUCAGGUGUCAGUGGUGGAGGCAUAGCUGGCAUAAUAAUCACCCUUUUGUUUAUUGGAGGAGUUUUAGCAUUUUUCCUUUUAAGGAAGAGGAGGAGGUCUAGGAGGUCCUCUGAUGAAGAAAAGCUCAACCAAGAUCAACCCGUUAGCAUUCUUGGAUCAAAUGAAGUUAAAGAAAUGAAAUCUGUGCAAUCAUCUACUUCUGCUAUGCACGUGCCCUUACAGCCAGCACCAUGUGACAUUGUUAAGCCCUUAGCUCCUGAGCAUCACAACCCAUCCAACGAUGAUGAACCUUUCAAAAAGAAGCCUACUGUCAAGAGAGCUAAUAUUCCUCCAAUAAAUGCAUCAAUGUACUCCGUAGCAGACCUGCAAAUGGCAACUUGCAGUUUCAGUAUAGACAAUCUUGUUGGUGAAGGGUCAAUCGGUCGUGUUUAUAAGGCUCAAUUUCCUGAUGGGAAGGUUCUAGCUGUGAAGAAAAUAGAUUCAUCCUCACUGCCAAAUCAAGAUCCUGAAGACUUUGUGGAAGUUGUUUCAAAUAUCUCGCAGUUUCACCAUCCAAACAUCACUGAGCUUGUUGGAUAUUGUUCUGAACAUGGUCAAUGUUUGCUGGUCUAUGAAUUUCUGAAGAAUGGGUCACUUCAUGACUAUCUUCACCUGGCUGAUGAUUUUAGUAAACCGUUGACUUGGAAUACUCGUGUGAAGAUUGCUCUUGGCACUGCUAGAGCAUUAGAGUAUCUGCAUGAAGUUUGCUCGCCUUCUGUUGUACAUAAGAAUUUCAAGUCUGCCAACAUCCUGCUAGAUGCAGAAUUAAAUCCUCAUCUGUCAGAUUGUGGAUUGGCUAAUCUUGUUCCUAGCACAGAUCGGCAGGCCUCACAUCAAAAUUCUGGUUCUGGCUACAAUGCUCCUGAGGUUGCAAUGUCUGGUCAAUACACCCUUAAGAGUGACGUGUACAGCUUUGGGGUCGUCAUGUUGGAGCUUAUGACUGGUCGCAUGCCAUUUGACAGCUCAAGGCCAAGGCAGGAACAAUCCUUAGUUAGGUGGGCAACACCACAGCUCCAUGAUAUUGAUGCUCUGACAAAAAUGGUCGAUCCAGCCCUCAAGGAACUUUAUCCUGUCAAAUCACUCUCUCGGUUUGCUGAUGUCAUCGCCUUGUGUGUACAGCUGGAGCCUGAGUUCCGCCCACCGAUGUCUGAAGUAGUGCAAUCUCUUGUAACACUGGUGCAGCGAGCAAAUAUGAGCAAGAGAACAAUCGGCAGCGACUCUUUUACUUCACGUCCAGUUGAUGCCUAAAUUUGAUGUAUAAAAGCUUAUGGAUGUACAAAAUAGCCCCAAUUCUUCUCAAGUGCUGCUCGGUUCUGCUAAGUUGUCCUGGUGAAGGAACUGUAGAAUAUAGGCUGUGUAUAAUUGUGGUACGCUGGAACCUCCUCCAACAAAUUUGUUGUAUUAUUUGGAUAGCGUUAUUUGGCUUUGUUCUUAUAAAUGACAGACUACAAUCGAACUGUUU